AUGGGGCACACGAUAGCGCUCCUGCGCAAGAACCUCUGGCUCAAGAAGCGGCACCCGAUCGCGACCUUCUUCGAGAUCCUCUGCCCCGCGCUCGUCUUUAUCGCGAUCGUGAUCGUGCGCUCGCGCGAAGACCGGCAUAGCUCCAUGUACGUGCCCGGGUGGCAGAACAACACGCUCUUUGGCCGCUACGGCAACGACUAUGGCAGCAGCAACGACUACUCGGGCGUCCGGUUCCGAGAGCCCGGCGUCUACUCGCUGGUGCAGAACGCACGCUACGCGUCGCGCUCGAUCCAAGACUGCGUCAAGAGCCUCGCAAUGAACGGGUCGGUCGACGCAACCUGCCAAAAGCCGCUCAGUCUCCGCCCCAAGCUCGCCAUCGUGCCCGACAACACGUUCACGCGGGCGUACCUUGGCGCGACGCUCGCGCAAUGGUACCCAAAGCUCUCGCUGCCGCUGAAAAACGCCAACGGCAAUCUCAACCUGACGAUCUCGGGCCUCGCGGAUUUUCUCGUUUACUUCGACUCGGAGGCGGCGCUCGAGGCGUAUGUGACGGCGCCCAACUAUGGCCCCAAGACCGACUACUCGUGGAUGUCGUCCAGGUACGACGAAGACAAGAACGCGACGUACAACCCGACGCUCGUCGGUGCGAUCGUCUUCAACCAAAUGCCGUCCGAGGACGAGAUCGGGACAGCAACCGACAUUGAGUACACGCUGCGCUUUCCGCGCGCCGACGACAGCUACAUGUACGCGACGCAAAAGACGACGGGCGCGCCGCCGACGCUGCGUCGGUACGACCCGCUCACCGUCGACUUGUUCAAUAAGGAGACCGCCUUGUACACGACCCAAGGCUUUGCCACGCUGGAUACGAUGCUCACGCGCGUCCUCAACUGCCGUCCCGUGUGGGACGCAGCGACCAAGCGCACCAACGGCACGUGCAGCGUCGCCGCUUCGACGGCCACGUCAUCGGCCGACAGCGCGUUGCGUGCGAUCGUCAACGCCGACAUCCAACGCAUCGUCGGUGGAUUGCCGCUGGACUAUGACAUGACGCGCAACGUGAGCGUCUCGGAGACUCUCUUGCCGCCCGACGUGCUUUCGUCGCUGCUGCGUCCGCUGCGCCAGGCGCCGCAGCCGUUCCUGGGCGGCGUCACCGACACGUUUCCGACCGGUGCCUACGGCUACGACUACUUUCUCGCGCCCGACAACGUGGCGGCCCUUGCCAUUUGCCUCGGCACGGUCGUCUUUAGCGUCCUCCUGCUCGGGAAUGUCGUCGGCGCCUUUGUACUGGAGAAGGAGACGCGGACGCGCGAGUUCAUGCAAGCGCUGGGCCUGCGGCCGUCCUCGCUCGUCCUCUCGUGGUUUCUCUUGUACUCGGUGCUUGCGGCUCUGAUCGCGCUGCUCCAGACGCUCCUCGCGGUCUACGGCGACCUCUUCCGCCACUCGAGCGCGCUCUGCGUCUUUGGUCUCUUGUUUGCGUUCGGGUUGACGCUGAUUGGCUUUGGCUUUUGCGCGUCGACGCUCUUCACGUCGGCCAAGACGGCCACGUACUCGACGCAGCUCGUCUUUCUCUUGCUCUCGAUCGUCGCGUUCGCCUUGUCGGACGAAAUGACCGAAGCGACCAAAGUGGCCGCGUGUCUCCUCCCGCCGACCGCGCUCGUCCUCGGCCUCCAAGUGAUCAUCAAGGCCGAGCACUACACGCGCGGCAUCACGCUCGCAAACGCCGGUGCGCUCCAAGCCAACCGCGUCCGCUUCUCGACAACCGUCGGCAUGCUCUUUCUCGAUGCGAUCUGGCUCACGCUGCUCGGGCUGUACCUCGAUGGCGUCACGAACGGCCAGUCGUGGUUCUUUCCGCUGCAGCCGUCGUACUGGCGCGCGCCGACAAUAACUCUAGGCAUGGCGUCGGCCGAGCCCAAUCAAGAGAGCGUUGACAUCGAGGCGCCGGAGCACCACUUGGCGCAGCAAGAGAAGGACGGCCGCGCGCUCGUCGUCUCGCGUUUGCACAAGACGUUUGGCCCGCACGUCGCCGUCGACAACUUGAGCUUGACGUUCUACGAAGGCCAGAUCACGUGUCUCCUCGGGCACAACGGGGCCGGCAAGACGACGGCGAUUUCGAUGCUCACGGGCAUGCUGCGCCCGACGGCCGGCGACGCGACGGUCCACGGUCUCGCGCUCUCCAAGGACCUCCGGACGAUGCAGCGCUCGAUGGGUGUGUGUCCCCAGCACAACAUUUUGUACGAGGACCUCACCGUGUCGGAGCACCUCCGCUUCUACGCAGCCAUCAAAGGCGUCGCAGACGUUGCGGCCGCGGUCACGGCGACGCUGUCGGAAGUCGACCUCGUCGACAAGGCCAACGACAAGGUCAAGGCGCUCUCGGGCGGCAUGAAGCGCAAGCUCUCGGUGGGCAUCGCGCUCCUCGGCAACAGCAGCGUCGUCUUCCUCGACGAGCCCACGUCGGGCAUGGACCCGUACUCGCGCCGCAGUGUUUGGGAGCUGCUCUUGCGCAACCGGUCCAAGCGCAUUAUGAUUCUGACCACGCACUACAUGGAAGAAGCCGACGUGCUCGGCGACCGCAUCGCUAUCAUGGCCAACGGUGCGCUCCAGUGCGUCGGGUCGGCCCUCUUUCUGAAAAACCGGUUUGGCGCCGGCUACACGCUGACACUGGUCAAGGUGGACGCGAGCAGUGCCAUGGACGCCGUGUCGAGCCUCGUUCUGACACACGUGCCGUCGGCCAUCCUGACGUCCAACGUCGCGUCCGAAGUGUCGUUCCAGCUGCCCACGCACGCCACGUCGGCGUUCCCGGAUCUCUUUGCCGCGCUCGACGACGACCUCCCCGCGUACGGCCUCUCGUCGUAUGGGAUUUCCGUCACGACGCUCGAAGAUGUCUUUAUCAAGGUCACGAGCCGCGCCACGGUGCCAUCGGCGCCAACCACCGCGUCGGUCGCUGUGCCGAUUGCGCCACCGGUGCUUGUGGCCCACCGGACGUUUCUCGGGCAGACGCUCGCGCUGCUCGGCAAGCGCUUCCAUGUCGCCAAGCGGGACAAGCGCGCGUUCUUCAACACGACACUGCUGCCGGUUUUGCUCAUCGCGAUUGGCUUUGGCGUCAUGAAGUACAUGUACGAGCGUGACUACGUGCCAAUCGAGCCGCGCCUCGUCUUGGAUGCGUCCCAGUACCCCGACAACGUUGCGAGCCCGACGCCGUUUGCGUGCCUGACGACGUCGCCUGCCUGCGCCGCCUUGUUUUCCAGUGCCACGUUUACCGGCUCGACGCCGCAAGAGGUGCCGUACAUGGGUGCGACGGCGUAUACAACGCCGACCGCCAACGUCUUUGGCUACACGUACGGUGCCCCGACCGCACCGCCCGAGUGUCGCUACGACACCAUGUACCGCGGUACCGACGCACCGCCGUGUCUCUCAGCCCCCGCGAAUCUCUCGGGCACGCAAGGCUUCGAGCUCCGUUUCGGCGAGACGUUGUACAACCGCAGUGCGAGCUCGGCGCGCACGCAAAUGGGCGGGUACCUUAUGCACGUGUCGCCGGACGAGAAUGUGUGGAGCUACGUGCUCUUUGCGAACGCGUCGUCGUCGCACGCGGCGCCCGUCUACAAGCGGCUCUUGCACCAGGCACUGUACCGAACGCUUGGCGGGUCGUCGUCCUUGCAGCUUAUGGUUGCGUCGCACCCGCUGCCGACCACGUUUCAGGACGAGGCUGCGCGAGUUGCGCGCCGCCAGAACUUUGGCGACACGAUGGGGUACCUCGGGCUGGUCUGCUUUAUCUUUGCCCUCUCGUUCUUCCCCGCGGGCAUCAUGACCUUUCUCGUGAAAGAGAAGCAGCUCACGGCCAAGCAGCAGCAACUGGCGUCCGGCGUCUACCUCUCGGCGUUCUGGGUCGCCAACUUGAUCUGGGACGUGCUGAGCUUCUUGCCCGUGAUCGGCAUUCUUCUGGGCCUCAUCCUCGGCUUCCGCAUUCGCCCGUACACGUCCGAGGCCGCGCACGUCGUCAACGCGUUUAGCGCUGUCUCGGUGCUCUUCCUCCUCUCGGGCGUGAGCUUGAUCUUGCUCACGUACGUCGGGUCCUUCUUUCUCAAGGAGCCCACGUCGGCGCAGUCGAUCACGGUCAUUGUCAACUGGUGCAUCGGCUUUGGCUUCCUCGUCAUCGAAGUGCUCAUCAAGUCCAUCUCGUACGAGAAAUCGGGCGCCGCCGUCUGGCGCAUCUCGCCGCUCUACGCUCUUGGCGACGGGCUCAUGAACAUCACAGAGUCCCGCCCGCGCUGGAGUCCCAAUGCCUCGGAGAUGGACGUCAAGAUCGACGCGCUCUCGCCGGCCGGUGUCCUCAUGGACGUCUACUACCUGAUCGCGAUGGCUUUUGUGUUUGCGCUCGUCGUUGCCGUCCUCGAGUACCGCGUCACGUUCCGCAUUCCCAAGCCCAAGAAGGCCGAUGCGCCAGGCGACCGGUCGCGUGCGCCGCUCGACGUCGACGUCGCCGCCGAAGCAUCGCGGGUCGCGGCCUUGGCGCCGGCGGACUCGGCCGUCACGAUGACAGGUCUCCGCAAGGUCUUCACCCAAGGGCUCCUCGGGCGCCCGACCACAGCCGUCGACAACUUGUCCAUUGCUCUCCCUGCGGGCGAAUGCUUUGGGUUUCUCGGGGUCAACGGCGCGGGCAAGUCGACGACGCUCAAGAUGCUCUUGGGCGAAGUGCUCCCGACCGACGGCGCCGCCUACCUCGGCGGCUUGCACGUGAUCAAGGACCAAAACAAGGCGCGGCAGCUCGUCGGGUACUGCCCGCAGUUUGACGCGCUCUUCGAUUUGCUCUCAGUGCGCGAGCACUUGGUGUUGUACGCGUCGCUCCGCGGGCUCCAAGGCGGAGUCGGGCAGAGAGCGGUGACGGCCUUGAUGGAGAAGCUGCACCUUGGCGCGUUCGAGCACGUGCUGGCGAGUAACCUAAGCGGCGGCAACAAGCGCAAGCUCUCGGUCGCGAUUGCGAUGAUUGGGUCGCCGCCCAUCAUCGUCCUCGACGAGCCGUCCACGGGCAUGGACCCGGUCUCGCGCCGCUUCAUGUGGGAGCUCAUCUCGGACCUUUCGACCAAUAUGCGCGAGUCGACCGUCCUUCUCACGACCCACUCGAUGGAGGAGUGCGAAGCGUUGUGUUCGCGCGUCGGUAUUAUGGCCGCCGGUGUCCUCCGCUGCCUCGGCAGCAUCCAGUAUCUCAAGUCGCGCUUUGGGCACGGCCUCGUGCUCGACGUCAAGCAGGCACUGCCGACCGACGCCGAAGUCUCCGACUUGAUGACGACGCACGCGAUGCCAAUGACGCUGACGAUGGAUGCGAUGAUCAUGUGGUGCACGGAGCUGGGUCGGCCCGACCGCGCCGACGCGCUCUCGCCAGAGCACCCGACGGGCUUUUUCCUCGAGCAGCUCGCGACGACCGACGGCCAAGUCGACGCGCCGUCGUUCUGCACGUGGUGGCUCUGCGAAGACCAGUUUGAUGCGCUCGUGAGUCACGUGGCAACGACAACCGAGAGCGACGCGGACGUUGUGGUCCGCGAAGGCACGUUUGCGCGGCUCAAGCUGCCGACGUCGCUUGGCGUUGCGUUCGGGCUCGUCGAAGGCGCCAAGGACGCGCUGCGUAUCGUCGAGUACUCGGUGUCGCAGACAUCGCUCGAGGCGAUCUUCAACUCGCUUGCGAGUCUCCAGCCGACGGCGGCGACGACGGCGCGCACCAGCCCGUCGUACGCACUUCUCCAGACCCCAAAGGCGUAGUCGUACAGUACGAGGAGCUCCGAUUGCAUACAAGGACGUACUAAUACAUGUUGGCUUCUGAUCACCG